AUCUGAACUUCCCGCUCGGUCACCCGGAAGGAGGAGUCUGUGCUGCCUUCAGGGCCUGUUGGAAACUACACCUCUCACUGAUACAUGGGGUAGAUUUGGAUUUCAGUCUGCGUGGACACGUUUUAAACAUCUUCUGUGCGAUAAAAACCACACCGCGCGUGUACGUGGCCGCUCGCGCCCGCGCCCAGGUUCGCUUUGCAUCUCGUCAAAACAAAGCGGGGGCGCGCCUGUGAGGCAGCGAGAGCGAGCGGGCGCUGCAUGCUUCAUGAAUGAGUCCCCCUUCCACCGCACCGCAGGUCGGACCCCUUCAUCCGCCUGCACCCUGAUGCCCGUGUGGGUGCGCAGAGCGGCGGGGAGCAGCAGAGCAGCCGGCCGCCGAUGAGCCCGGACGGUCGACACUUCCUCUCACAUCGGUACUACAUGAUCGUUUCAUCACACCAGGAGCAACACGACAGGAGAAGAUGCUUGAUGGACUCCGGCGGAGGCAUGGCUCCCGGCCCUCCUCCCGGCCCACCACCCGACCCCUGUCACUCAACUUCAGCACUUUCUCCGCCCCUCCCCCGAGCCCAGACUUGGACAGCAGCAGCGAGCAUCCAAUCAGGAGGACUCUGCACCGGCUGAAGUUGAUGAGUUCCCCCAGCCUCAGCGAGCUGGGGAAGAGCGAGAAAGGUUCACCAGAGGACAGAGGGGAGAAGCAGAAGAGGGCAGGAGCCAACGCCACCUGGAACAGCAUCCACAACGCUGUCAUAGCAGUCUUCCAGAAGAAAGGUUUGGCCGAUAACGAACUCUACGUCCUCAACGAAGGUGUCCGGCAUCUGUUGAAGACAGAGCUGGGGUCCUUCUUCACAGAGUAUCUUCAGGUAAUGGACGUCAUUCAUAUUCAUGAAAGCCACAAAUAUAUGAGACAUAUUCAUAUGUUCUGUAACAGGAGUCUUUCUGAUGCUGUAUUUAACAGUUUCUUUUACUGUUUUUCACAGAACCAGUUGCUAACAAAAGGCAUGGUCAUCCUUCGAGACAAGAUCAGGUUCUACGAAGGUCAGAAGUUACUCGACUCCCUCGCAGAGACCUGGGACUUCUUCUUCUGCGAUGUUCUGUCGAUGCUGCAGGCCAUCUUCCACCCGGUUCAGGGUAAGGAGCCGUCUGUUCGACAGCUCGCUCUGCUUCACUUCAGGAACACCAUAGUCCUGAGCGUCAAGUUAGAGGACGCCCUGUCUCGACCCCGUGCCCGUGUGCCCCCCUCUGUCACACAGAUGCUGCUUAUUCUACAGGGGGUUCAUGAGUCGCGCGGUGUGAACGAGGACUACCUGAAGCUGGAGUCUCUGGUACAGAAGGUGGUCUUGCCCUACCUGGGCACCCACGGGCUUUACUCUGGAGAUGGUGCUGAGGACCAAUGCUGUGUUCUGGAGAAGUGCUUAUCAUGGCCCAAGUCUGCGGAUCAGCUGUCUAAAAACCCUGUAGUGCGAUCGAAGAGCUACAAUAUCCCUCUGCUGCUGACCCCUGUGGCUGAGUAUGACCCAGAUGCCAGCUCUGUUGGCAGUGGAGGAAUUCGGCGCCACUCGGCCUGUGAGAUUAUUUCAUGCCUGGAGGAACAAGGGCUGGCCUACGCGGACUUGGCCUCAGGACCUGAAUUGUCUGGCCCCUCCUCCAACCGGCUGUGUGUGGGCUCUCAGUUUAACGGUAUUGUACAGGCAGGGGCCGGCGUCAUGGACUUGCCUCUUUCAACUCCCUCCAUCCUUCGUUCCUCGGGAGCUCUCCACGGCACUGAGGCCACCACAACAAUGACUGAUCUCAGUAAAGGUGCAUCCUCCACGCCUCCCAGCGAAUCAUCCAGCCCCGAAACCAUAAUUGGACAAGUGCUAGAGUCCGCAGACUCUGACUCAGAUGGGAUAUUUAUUGAUUUCCCACCUCACUCCUCGGAGGCGAUGGGGUACAGUCGCGAUAGCAGGCAGAGCACUGUGUAGCUGUGGUUGCCUUUAGGAACACAGCCCCUCCCCGCCUCCCCCCCUCAGCGUGUACGGUAAUAAUCUGUGAGGAAGCUUAAAGAUCUCAUUGAAUGGGUACUAUCUUAUUUCUUACUGUAAUACGAUGAGUUUCCAUGACGGAUGCUUUCACUGGUGAGUGACAGCCUCACAGCUUUAUCCAACAAAAAUACAAAGCAAAUCCCAGAGGGACUGUUAUUAACAGGCUCACAUGUUUUACCAGGUUUUUAACUUAAAGACACUGUAUUUGGGAUUUUAUCCAAAUCAGAUAAUGUCCCGAAGGCAGAAGUCAGGUCAUAUUCUGUAUUUUUUAUUGACAACAAAUACCAUGAAAACCAGAGACCGCAACCAGCAAUGAGUUUAUCCUACUUACAAAAACUACCAAAAGUUGUAGAAAUAUCAUGUUAAAACAUUACUUUGGCAAGAACAAAGGUUACCUAUAUAGAUAGUACUUGAGUAAAAGUAUCUGAAAUCAAAUAUACCAAAGUAUCAAAAGUACAAGUAAAAUUAAAUUGUUUCCAUGGACCGACCGAUUACCGGAUCCAAUAAUCAGUAUUGUUCUGAUGAUCAGAAUCUUUUUUAUUUAUAUGAUUACCCAUGAAAUAACUUGUUCAUUGUCACUCAUUUCAUUCAUUUAUUUAAAAAUGCACCACUCUGGUGCAGCAUGUUACUGCCAAGUAACUAGUACCUAAAGUUAUUAUAUAAAUGUGGCGGAGUGGAAAUACUCAGUUUCCACAAGCGGCCCAGACAGAGGAGAAAAAAACUGCUUUAAAUAAUGUUUAAUGUGCUUAUUUACAUACAUAUUCAACAUUAAAUGAUUUCAAAGAUCUAAAAUUACAUCUGGUAUAAAACUUUAUUUCAGUAUUUAUAUAUUUAUUGAUUAAUUUUUAAGCAAACACAAGGUUGGCUUUAUUUUUCCAAAAGACUUGUGGACGAAGUUGUGUAUGAAAACAAUUGGCAUUUAAGAAAUUUAGAUAUUUUACCAAAUAUCAAAGUGUGCAUAAAGGGUCUCAGUCUGCUGAGAGUAAUCUGUUUUAUUAAUCUGGCCCUGAGUGUGAGUACAGGCAGUCUGUGCCAAAGACCUCAUUUUGUUGUCCAAUAACAACUAUUGUCACAUGUUGCUUAGUUUGGAUGAACAUGUGCACUCUAGUUUUUACACCAUCCUGCUGCCUUAAACACUCAUUAGAGUGACAUGUGUAUUAAUCCGCAGCAAAAAACAACAACAUAAACACUGUUUACUUAACUUGUGUUUAAAACUACAGCGUUUUAUAGGAAUCAUUCUGUUUUUGUUUAUAAUUAAGAGACAGACUUACACGUUGUUGGUUUUGGUCUUUUCAUGAGAUUUGUUGACAGUAUCACAAUAUCACCAGUAUGUUCCUUUAACCUAUAGAGGAGAAUGUAAUCCUUCAAUUCACAGAAAUGACCAAAUUGGAGUUUAUGACGCUUUCACACCAACACAUGGAAAAAUGACUUUACAUAUUUAUCAUGGGUUUGUUUUGUAUAUGUGUACUUUGAUCUCACAGCAGGUUUAUACUCUCUGUUUAUGUUUUGUCCCCCUCUUGGAAGUAACACAGUAAUGAGGUCUUCUGCUCUCACUUUUUUGUGCGACAUCUUAUGAAAAUGUGGAUUGUUGAGUUGUUUUUUAUUGCCAGCGGCGGUCAUAGACGUCUAAUGCAAAACUAUCUUCUUGGGGAAUACGUUGGUGUGACAGCAUUUGCUUUUCUGUAUUAGCUCUGUAAAGCAGGAGUUUGAGGAAUAUGACGAUGUUUAUUGUUUACAUUUGAUAAAGACAUGAACAUUUUUGGCUGAAUGUCGUCCCACACACUGUAUUUUGCACCACCACUACCUUGUAAAUAAUAAUAAAAAAAGUGCAUUGUUGGUUUUUAGGACAGCUAGAUAGUGUAAAGUGAGCUUUUACCUUUAAUGAAUUGAGAUUUUAAUAAGGGCUUUUUAACUGAAUCUUUUUCAAAUGAUGUUUUACCUCAAGCGUUUUGUACUUUACUUUUUUUGACAAUCUAUGAUGUCUACGGAGUUGUACUUUGUAUUAAUUUGUUAUACUAGCCCAGUAAAAAUUAAAUAAAUUUGAAUAGUAUUAAAAA